AUGGCAUUUAGCUUCAUGGAAGCUGGAACCAGCCAACAUGCUUCCCAGCCUGGCAACCCACUAUACGGAUUCGAGACAUCUUCGCAGGGAGAUCCUCUGGCUGGUAUAGGCGGUGGCGCCUUGCCUAUGCCUGGGCUACUCUAUGGCAGCCAGAACUUGGGUGCUUCCCCAUACAUAGCUGACAGUGUAGCUCCAUUCGUAGCACUGCCGAGUGUUACUCUCGCGGGAAGAUCGAAUUCCCUGGCCACCUCGAUGCUACCUCCUCAGACCAACCAUAGGAUGGACAUGCCAUCGUUCUUACUCUCGGAACAUGACGCGGUAACGGCAAUGUCAGCAAACAUUCCCGAGAAAAGAUGGUCAUGUCCGCAAAGGCACAUUUUGGACAUGCCUAAUUCUGUGCCCCCGGCCAUGGACCAGGUGGUGGAAGUUGUCGAAACUAUGGUAACAUGUCCGAAGUGUCAUAAGAAGAAGAGACGCGAGUGUGACCUCCGCAAGCAUAUGAAGCGACACGAACGUCCUUAUGGCUGCACAUUUCCUUAUUGUUUCAAACGCUUUGGUAGUCGAAACGAUUGGAAGCGUCACGAGAGCUCACAGCACUUCCACCAAGAGAUGUGGCGGUGCUCGAUUGAGUGCGCAGCUGGAGCAACUUGUGGUUUCGUGUUUUACUACCAUGGCCUAGCAGAAGAUCAUCUGCGGUUGGUUCACAAGCAGAAGGCAGACGAGGUAGCCAUGGAACGGAUGCACAUUGGCGCCAAUGCACACGACAAGUACUGGUGUGGGUUUUGCGGAUGUCUCAUAAAACAAGAAAGCACGAGCAUGCAUCAUAACAACCUCGAAGCACGGUACAAACAUAUCGGUGACCACUUUGACAAGGACCGGCAUAUCGAGGACUGGAUAUGUGUAGAAGCGCGACGGCUGAAGGGAGGUCUUGCGGCCGAGCACAGACACAAAACGAGGACUCACGGCCGCAGUAAAUAUCAUGAAGAUGACAGCGAUCCAGGCGACAGCGGAAUACCUAACCAGAGAGGACAAACAGCACUUGCAGCAACGUCGUCAUCGUCGUGGCAAGCCCUUGAUCCAGCCAUAGCUACCACGCGUGAUCCAGCAUAUACGUGCCAUAAUGGCAAACGACGACGCACGUCGGUGCCUGAUUACGAUUUGGAUGAUGCGGAUGGUGUGAGUGAUGAAGAGUUUCGAGAUGCUAGUUGA